UACUGACAUAUCGAUAAAGUCGUAACGAUCUGAAAUCUUACAUUAAAAAAUUGUUCUUGUUUUGAUGUGCUUGUUAUUGUUUGCUCUUUUAAAGUUUUAAAUUCAGUGCGUAUAAGUUUUUGGAGGCAAUCCGUACAAGUUCCUGGUACAACGGGCAUCUUGUAACCUCAAAAAGUUGAAAACUGGUUGCGCAUUAUUAGCGCAAUUAUAGAAUUAUUUAGCAACCGAAUAUUCGUGUUAGAGGUUGCCACAAAAAUGUCUCAUACGAUAUUAUUGGUGCAACCUGCGCCAAAUCCAGACACCCGAACUUAUUCCGAUUACGAGUCUGUUAAUGAUUGUAUGGAAGGUGUUUGUAAAAUAUAUGAGGAGCAUCUUAAGAGGAAAAAUCCUAAUACACCUACAAUCACAUAUGAUAUUAGUCAACUUUUUGAUUUUUUGGACGGUUUAACCGACUUCAGUUGCUUGGUGCACCAGAACCACUCGAAUACUUAUGCACCUUACAAUAGAGAAUGGAUUAAGGAAAAGAUCUAUGUCCUUUUACGUCGAGCUGCUGAACGUAAUGAACGUGCUGAACGUGAUGAACGUGCUGGACGUUCUAGACGUUAA